ACACUUUGCACUUUGCAGGGCCGCAUCCCCGUCCCCCAAUGUAUACUAGUCGGUGGACGGAGGGAGUAUAACGGACGUCAUCCCAACGGCCACCAUCACACCAUCUCUGCGAAAGAAACGGAAGCAGUAAAGAAGGAAAGAACGCAGCAGAGAAGCAGCGUUGCUGGUUGUUUCAUCGUUGCCGAUCUCAAUCUAUAUUUUAUACUCAAGUUGUUCUCAAUCACUGAAUUUACCAUGGUGACCACGAGAUCAAUGUCCGGAACUAAUAAUAAAACUAAGGAAUUUACCAUGGUGACCACGAGAUCGAUGUCUGGAACAAAUAAUAAAACCAAGGCAACAAGAGCAAAGUCUGGAGCAAAUGAUAAAACUAAGGUGGCUGGAACAAAUAAUAAAACCAAGGCAACGAAAGCAAAGUCCGGAGCAAAUGAUGAAAUUAAGGCAGCAAGAGCAAAGAAAUAUGGUCAUAAGCCGUGGCUGGAAGAUAGUGCAAAGUUCGCAGAAUGUGACGUAGACGUGACAGAGAAGGGCAUACUAAUGAAGUAUGCUCGUUCCCUAUUCAUGCUUAAGGAUUUUCAGGUGCGGUAUUAUAAGGAGCAUCCACCACGCCCAUUCGUAGUACCAGUAGAGGUAUUAAUUGCUGGAAACAGAGAAUGGGUAAAAUUGAGUGAUAAAGAUAAACGUCCGUGGAUUCAAUUGGUGAAGAAUAAGUGGGCAAAAGGAGAAACUCUAGUGUAGAUUUCGAGCACCUGAGGAUCUCGUCAGAUUUGGUCAUUCCUAUGCUUCCAUGGACCUGUAGUUGUGUUUAAAUUUGAAGUUGUAUUUGACCUUGCAUCUUAUGCUUUGAAGCGUGUUUUGACUUGAAUUUGUAAUGUAUAUCAGACUUGGUAUCCUUUAAGUUUGGAGUA